AAACAGAAGCUUUAUGGGCCCAAGAUAGUCUGGUUCCUGAUAGGGUGGUACCCUGAUAACUGGUAUGAUGCGGAUGACAAACAUAUCAACUGCACAGCUGAACAGCUCAAGGAGGCGCUACAGUAUCACUUCACUACAGAAGGGAUGAUGUUAAAACCGGAUGACACCCCCUCCAUCUCUGGCAUGACUUCCAAAGAGUUCUUAGCGCGAUUGAACAGCAAACUGACCACCUCUCCUCAGCAGACUGCUGGGUACCCAGAAGCUCCCCUAGCCUAUGAUGCCAUCUGGGCCCUAGCUCUUGCUCUCAAUAAAACACAGGAACGACUAGCCAGUAAAAAUCUCCGCCUCGAGAAUUACACAUACGGGAAUGCUGACAUAGCAGACGAAAUCUAUAUGGCCCUGAACUCGUCUAAUUUUGAGGGUCUUUCGGGGACAGUAGCGUUUACAUCUACAGGAGACAGGCUGGCGUGGACACAGAUUGAACAAAUGAUUGAUGGGCAGUAUAGAAAGAUUGGUUACUAUGACUACGCUAAUGACAACCUGACGUGGCUGAAUACAAGUGUUUGGCCAGAAGCUGGGAUUCCUAAAGAUGGAGUUGAUACCAGUGAGGAGCUAGAGAGGAUAUCAAGACAGCUCUUCAUCCUGGUAUCGGUCCUGGCUGGUGUCAUCAUUUGCUUUGCUCUCUGCUGCAUCGGCUUUAACUUGUGCUUCCAGCAUACAGGAUACAUCCAAUGCUCCCAGCCUCAUGUGAAUAACGUGACGGCCCUGGGGUGCAUCGCUGCCCUCAUCUGUGUCUUCCUCCUUGGGUUCGAUGGUUCUGGGCCGGAUGCAUCAGAGUCGGAGCUAGACACUCAACAGAAACAGGAAAAAUUCUCCAGAAUUUGCCAUUCUAUAGCUUGGUUGAUAAGUAUUGGAUUCUCCCUCGGAUACGGCUCCAUGUUCGCUAAGAUCUGGAUGAUGCAUUCCUUAGUAACCCAGGAGAAGACAGAUAAUGAUGACGGAAGGAGAAGGAGGAGGAAAGUCAGCCUGCAGCAGAAGGUCAACACCUGGAAGAUGUACCUGACGAUAGGCAUCAUCUUCCUGCUGGACUCGUCCAUCAUCCUGGUGUGGCAGCUGGUGGAUCCCAUGUACCGCACCGUGGAGAACCUUCCCAAGGAGACCUUCCCGGAGCAGGACCUGGAGAUAGUGCCUCAGCUGGAGCACUGUACAGCCAAUAACAUGUCCAUUUGGCUAGGUAUCUUAUAUGGUAUCAACGGCCUGCUCUUAAUCUUCGGUCUCUUCCUAGCGUAUGAAACCCGUAACAUGACGGUACGGGAUCUAAACGACUCAAGAUUGGUUGGCAUGGCCAUCUAUAAUGUUGCAGUACUGUGUAUUAUCACAGCUCCCGUCACGUUAAUAAUCAAGAGUCAAAAUAAUGCCGUCUACGGCUUCACAUCAUUCACUAUUGUCUUCUGUUCAGCUAUCACGCUGGCACUCAUUUUUAUACCAAAGGUGGUAUCUAUUGCACACAAUCCUAAAGGCACAUAUAAUAAGAACACUCAGGGCCUAUCAGCACCAAGCAGAGAAGAUGAGGAGAAACAUACAAGACUGUCAGCAGAAAAUGAUGAGAUUAAGAGACAUAUUAAAGAGCGCGAGGAUAAGAUCAAGAUGCUUACGGACAAGAUCCAACAGAAGACCAGGUCCAUGCCAAAGGGCGUGUUAUCCCCCUCCUCGGCUUCCUCCCCGGGCUCCGCCCUGCACCAUUCAACCCCCACCACUGUACAAAGAACACGGACUUCCCUCAGGGUGACUGACAAGAUCACACCCCCUCACAUGUCGGUGGAGGACAGUGCGUACGCUUCCAUGGCCGCGCCCACCGCUCACACGCCCAAGCUCAUCCACGGCGAGAAGGUCUCGGGCAUCAACGAGGAUGAUCUCUCGGAGACGUAUAUCUGAUGAAGAGUAACAAACCAACUGAAGGGUCGAUAAACCAUUUGUUGUCAUCCCUGUACUAAUGGAAUGACAUUUUGAUGCAACACGACGGAUGCCAAAGUUGUAUGGAUCGAUACGAGCCUUUCAAAGCUUCCAGAUGAAAACUUGAGAUGGAGGAUCAGUGUGGUUCCAUCUGUGUUUGUAACCCCAAUGGUUGGCCUUGGUUUGGUUAUGAUGGGGUGAUGUUAAAGUGAGAACCUGAGCUCUUGCAAUAUAUGAUUCUUUGCUGAUAUCCAAGUGAAAGUAAAAUCGGUUUGACGGUUUGAUGCAGCGUGGGACACCUGAGCCUUUGCACCAAUGCCUGGAAGCGGGAUCAUAUCAGAAGCAAGAGCAUGCAUCCUGUGGACCACUGAGUGAAGCAACUACUCUUCUUCUUUAAUAUCUUCUUGUAGUAAUCUUCAAGUGGCUUAUGCAGCCUAUCAUGAAGAUGAACUAACAAUUGCAGGCGGUGCGGAUAAGCACAAUAUAUGUAGAUGCAUAGCUGGAAGUUUUGUUUUGGCUCAGGAGUAGUCCCUUGAAGUUCUCUGGUUAGUCAGCAUGUACUAGCUACAAUCACUAGUUGAGUGUUCCAUUCAGGGAACUCUUGAAACGCCUCAGGAUUUUUCAUUCAGCGUCAAGGAGAGGAGUUAGAAGCGAUGGAUGAUCACACCGAAGACUCAAACUCGAACCAUUCUGAGAUUAUUUAUUCUCUGUAGUCCAAUUCAUUUGUUAUGCUGAAGGUAGUUAUACCCAUUGGCUACCAAGUUUUCUCAAUGCCAUAAUACAGGAAUCACACACAAUAGGUCAAGUUGACUAGCUGCUGACAAAUAACAAAGCUAGCAAAUUAAAGUUUUACUUCAAGUGUAAUGAAUUACGAUAGGAGUCCAGCUAUGGAAUCGGUCAAUGAAGAGACAUUGAUGACAGAGUUUAAGCAGAUACUUUCAUUCUUUAAGAGGUAGAAUGUUUAGAUGCAUUCUUAGGUUUUUUGCAGAGUAACCGUAGCAUUUCAGGUUUAUAAUAUUUGACCAGCAAAA